AUGGGUCGUACAUUAGCUAAUGGUACGGCGUCUCACCAAACUUCUAUUCAGAUGGUGGAUGAUGAGGGGCAACAGAAACGGCGUUUCUCAGACUGUGCAAGAAAGUCUCAGCUGUACUGCUCUUUACUUCAAAAGAAUACAUACGAGGAAAAAUACGUCAUAGUGUUGGGAUUUGCUAGCUUAGAGCAAAAGCUAUUAAGUUUAUGA